AUGAAGCAAGCUAAGUUUUCUAUGGAAACUGUUGGCAAGGUUAUCACAUGCAGGGCAGCCAUUGCCUGGACGAUUAAUGCUCCCUUGUGUAUUGAGGAGGUGGGAGUUGAUCCACCAAAGGCUGGAGAGGUUCGAAUUAAGGUUAUAUCUUCAGGAAUCUGUGGCUCAGAAAAUCACAUCCUAGAUGGAACAUUUCCUGUACCUUUACCUGCAAUUUUGGGACACAAAGGAGCUGGGGUAGUAGAAAGCAUUGGAGAAGGAGUGAGCAGUGUGAAACCAGGAGAUAAAGUCUUAACGCUCCCUAUACCUCAAUGCCGAAAAUGUGAUUCCUGUUUGCAUGCCAAGGGCAACUGUUGCCUGAAGGAAGACGCCAUUUCUCCUGUUGGAUUGAUGCUUGAUGGUACCACCAGAUUUACAUGCAGAGGGAGGAAAGUGCAUAACUUAUUUAGAACAAGCACAUUGACUGAAUACACCGUGAUGCAUGAGAUAUCAGUGGCAAAAAUUGAUGAUGCUGCACCCCUGGAGAAAGUCUGCGUAUUAGCCUGUGGAUUCCCCACAGGCUAUGGAGCUGCUGUUAACACAGCACAGGUUACCCCCGGUUCCACCUGUGUGGUCUUCGGGCUUGGAGGUGUUCGCUCUGCAGUUGUUCUGGGGUGCAGAGCAGCCGGUGCUGCCAGGAUCAUUGGCAUUGACAUCAAUGAAGGGAAAUUGGCCAGGGCUAAAGCUCUUGGGGUCACUGAUUGCCUUAAUCCUCAAAACUUCACGAAGCCCAUCCAGCAGGUGGUGGUGGAAAUGACUGGGCUCGGUGCUGACUUUACCUUUGAGGCUAUUGGCACUAUCGAGAUGACGGUUGCUGCUCUGGAAUCCUGUAACCUGAGUUAUGGGGUCUGUGUUAUUCUUGGAGUAUCACCAGUAAAAUCCCACCUCCCUUUAGACCCAUUGAAGCUAGUGUCUGGCCAGACCCUGAAAGGGUGCUUGUUAGGAGAGUAUAAAAGCAGAGACCAAAUUCCUUUAUUAGUGGAUGAUUACAUGAAAAAGAAAAUCGAUGCGGAGUCACUGAUAACCCAUAACCUGCCUUUUGUCAAAAUUAAUGAAGGGUUUGAACUUCUCUGA